AUGGGUGAUAAUACACAAAUUUACUCGGCGACGUAUUCAAAUGUGCCAGUGUUCGAAUUUGUCACACUGGAAGGGCCUAUAAUGAGAAGAAAGCUGGAUUCAUGGAUAAAUGCCACCCAUAUUUUAAAAAUUGCCAAAUUUCCUAAAGCCAAAAGAACGAGGAUAUUGGAAAAAGAUGUACAAACGGGGACACAUGAAAAGGUGCAAGGGGGUUAUGGGAAGUAUCAAGGAACGUACGUUCCGUUAGAUUUGGGAGUAGAAAUAGCAAAGAACUUCGGGGUGUUUGAUACCUUGAGACCCAUUUUUGAGUUUACUUACAUAGAAGGAAAAUCGGAAACUCCACCACCAGCGCCAAAACAUAGCCAUGCAUCCGCAUCGAACGUAGCCAAGAGGCAAUCCAGUAUUAACAAUACCUCUGGUGGUGCCAAUAGUCUGAAUACGACCACACACGCAAGAAAAACAAAGAGCUUGACGUCUUUGGCCGGAGAGCCACCAAAAAAGAGAGGCAGACCCAAAAGAGUCCCUAUGAAAAAUAAUGUAGAGCCAGCUUUACAGCAUACAGACACAACCCCUAUAGGAACAAUCCCAGAAUCUGGUCCUAGCAUUGGAACCUUCAAUACAAAAAAGUCGUUGGGCCAUCCGACCUUAUCUAGACAAGACACCGAACAAGAUGCAUUGCAAAUAAUGGCAAGCAAUAUGAGCGCGAAUAAGGAAGAUCUUGAGUUGGCAGAUAAGAGUAGUGAUGAGGAUAUGGGCAAUAGAACCCCCAUUGAUGCUCAGGAAGAAAACAUCCACCAUGAUGAUAAUGACGAAUUAAUGACUGGAAGGGAAUUAUUCGGCACACCUAGAAAUUCGUUUGAGAGAAUUGUACAUUCCCACAAUCAAAAUCAUAAUCAUCUUAACGGGUCCAUUCAUGACCCUUACGGGCUCCUGCAAUACCACCAUCACGCUAAUAACCAUACCAAUUCAAUGAAAGACGACUCGAUAUAUGCUGACUACUUUACCAACUUAUUGAAUUACUUUUUAGAAGAUGGAAAUAAUAAGAUACGAUCUACUCAAGAAAGCAAUAUACCAGAUAAGAUAUUAAACCCCCCUCAACCUUUGUCUAAAAUAAGUAUUACCCAACCGGUCGAUAAUGAAGGGAACACCAUUUUCCAUUGGGCAUGCUCAAUGGCAAAUAAUGGAAUGAUUGAGUUUUUACUAUCAACUUUUGAAAGCUUUUUAAAUCCCGAUUUGAAAAACAACAGAGGAGAAACACCAUUAAUGUUCUUGGUGAAAUUUAGUAAUUCUUACCAAUUGAAGAACUUUCCUACAUUGUUGGAUCUUCUCUUUGAUUCUAUACUAUCUAUUGAUAACUAUGGACGGACUGUGUUACAUCAUAUUGCUCUUGCUGCAAAUAACCUCACUAGUGAAGGGUCGAUCAAUGCAAACACCGAUAUUCAUUCUUUCAAGAAGAAUAAAGAAAGGUUUGCCAGGUAUUAUAUGGAAUGCUUGUUUGCAAAAAUAAUCGAAUUUCAGGAAAUUCGGGAACUGCAAGAAGACGACAAUAAUAAGAAACUAUCACCCAAUGACAAGAAAGAACUAAUUGCUAAGUUUAUCAAUCACCAAGAUAUUGAUGGUAAUACAGCGUUCCAUAUAGUUGCUUACAACUUAAACAAAAAAUGCAUAAAGGUAUUCAUAAGCUAUCAUAAAUAUAUCAAUUUUCAUUUGAAGAAUUUGGUUUCUUAUACAGUGGAAGAAUAUUUGGCAUCACAUAAUCAUGUAUUGAGAUUGGAUACCAAUAGUGAUGAUUCUAAAGAAAUUCAAGACAUACAAGAGGAGGCGUAUAAAUAUUUGAAUCCUCAGUUCCAAGGUAAUAAUUUAACAAUAAGAAACAAUAGCACCCAAAGCUUUGAAUCUCAAAUGUACUUUUCUAAAAUGGCUGUCAAUUUACAGAAUACAACUGCUAAUUUAAUAACUGAGAAGUUAACAGAAUUAGCAUACAUAGUUGACAAGGAAUUAUCGGAGAAAGAUGAAAAGUUAUUAAUGCACUUCAAAUUAUUAAAAGCCAUUGGCCACGAGAAGUUACUAUCACAAAGAGCCGUUUUACAGUAUUUCAAAUUAGAGUAUUUGAUUGAUGAUAUCAUGGCUGACUAUGAUCAAAACAAUAGCGAUAAUCUCAUAAUUGACACCGAAAAGGAUAAAAUUAUACAGGACGAGAUAAAUCGUUUGAUAAGUGAUUUAAGUUUCCAAUUCUUGCAGAGAAAGAACCAGCUUGACCAAGUAUUCGCAAAAUACAAAGAAAUUUCCACUGCGAUGCAAAAUACGAGGGUGGAAGAACUAGCAUCGACUUUAUCAAAAGAGGAGACGAGUCUGUCUUCGUCUGAAAACGAAAAUCCGUCUGAACAACUUCGCCUAUCGCUUGAACUACAAACGCAGAUCAUUAGGUACAAGCAAUUGCUUCAAAAACUUCAUAAUCAGCAUUUGAAGGUGCCCCUUUCUUCGCACGAUGAUAAUACGGACACUAAAGAAAACAAAGAGAAUAUCAAAGAGGAGUCUCAAACCAACGAAACCGCAGAACCUGCGCCUCACUCAAUCAUCGCCAAAUACCCCAAAGACGAUAAACUCCACAAAUACUGUAAAUUAAUAGCGUUGUGCUGCGGCAUGAAUUUUAACGACGUGGAAAACUCCAUAGAUUUGAUCGAAGAGUCGUUAUCAAAAUCGGCUCCCAACUUGCAAUAA